CUACAGGAUUGCUCAUUAAGCCCCAAGAGGGAAGUGUGGCUGGAGGAACGUGGAUUACUAUUACCCUGGAUGGCUCAACAUCCCACCAGCUGGAACAUAUCUCUUCAGCCAGUAGGGCCCAGCUGGAAGUGUUCCUGGUGAAUCAAGAUCUGCCCAGGUUGCCGUGUGAUGUUUCUCCUGUGUAUAUUGGCUUAUCUACUAUGAAGUGCAGAACAAGGUCUUCACCCCAGGAAGGUUUGUACUAUGUGGAGGUGAUCUUUAAAGGACAUGUAAUUAACAACCUGACUGAAGUGGAGAAAGAAAACUAUACUUUCAAGUUCUCUGCUGCGCAGACACCUGUGGUUUACCACAUUAGUCCACCAUCUGGUAUCCCAGGAAAUGUAAUAGAGAUUCAUGGGAAGAUACUUGCUGAAAGAUAUGAAACCCUGGACUUCAACGUGGAUUUUAUUGAUGGGUAAUUAUUAUAUAGGCUGCUCUCUGACUCAGUCCCUGUAAAUUAGUGUUUCUUCCAUCAGCCUCCUUGACAGCAAUAAAUUGCAACCAGUUGGCUCGGAAUUGCCAUUUACUUCGUUUGUGGUUUAUUGAAGCUCAUGACUUGGGCUCCAGCAAACUUUGUUAAUCUAAUUGCAACUGGUCCAUUAAGUUAGUUGGUUUGUUUACUGGCAGCACAGUCAAUCACAGCUCAGUGUGAAUUGUACUGUAAUUGUGUCUGGUUGCUGUAGAUUUUAUUUGGGGUAGCAAAUGAAAAUUUAACUAAUUAAAAUAAUGUCAGAAUCUAAAAGUUAAAUAAAUUUUCCCUUCCAUUUGC